GAAGGUAUUGAAGAACAGGAAAGCUCCAAUGAAGAAAAUUUUAGUGAUAUGUCAGUUGAAGAAUCUCUGGAAAAUAAUGGUUCGUUACCUGUAAUUGAAGAAAAUACAACACCAUCAGUCGCAAAUAAAUGCCAAAGUGAUUUUGAUAAAAUUGCUGAAGUUUUUGACAUUUGUUCAGAUCCUGAAGACAUUCAAGGAGCAAGCAUUGAUGAUGCUCUGGAUAGUAUUGAAGGAAAAAAUAAACUACAAGUCCUAGCAGCGUGGCCCAAUGAUGCUUACCAUGAUUUCAUGGAACUAAUUAUAGAAGAUGCUAUUGAAGCAAAAGUAAACUCCUUAAAAGCCUCAAGCCAAAUGCAUCCAAACUUUAUUGAAGGUUUGUCUCAGUUAAUUCAAGCAUUAGACACCUUCCUUGAUGUGUUUUCACAAGAUUCUUAUAGUGAAGAUUUUUAUAUAAAAAUUUAUGAUGCGGUUCAUUUGGAAAAUGGAGAAAUUUUGAGAAUAUCUGGUAGUUUUCAAGAUAAGGAGUGGUUUAGUAAUGCCGCAAUAUCUGCUGCAGAGGAUCAAGAUCAGUAUGAAUCAGAUGAAGAUAUAUG